UAGAAACGUAUUUGAUAUGAAGUUAGAUUGCAUGUAACACCCACAAACCGUCCUUGUCAUAGGUCUUUGAUUAGCAUAUUUUUAAACAGGGUUUGGUCUGCAUCGUCCCCGCUCUAAAACUUCCUUAAAUACCCCGUGUUUAAGUUGGAAAUGAAUGAGAGUGAGUUAAAUAGUUCCAAAGUAUAGAUUAUUUAUUAUCAUUAGCGUCGUUUGGGAAAAAUAUAUGUGUAGUGGCGACAUCCAAACAAUUUCUAAAUAAGCUAAUUUUGCCGGAUCUCAAACGACACCUUGACGUAAUACGUCUAUACGUCACUUUAGUUAGAAAAGCUACCUGUGCAGCCAUGAAGACACCCAUAACACAGAGCCAAGCCAGGCAGCUGCUGCACAAUAAGUUUGUGGUGGUUCUUGGUGAUUCAGUGCAGCGCGCCAUAUACAAAGACCUGGUUCUGCUGCUUCAGAGAGAUCAGUACUUGUCUCUAAAUCAGCUAAAAACCAAGGGCGAGUUGUCCUUUGAGCACGACGAACUGGUGGAGGGCGGUCGAUUGGUUCACAUGAAUAACGGCACAGAGUACAAAGAGGUACGUCAGUACUGCACAGACCACCACCUGGUGCGUUUCUACUUCCUGACCCGGAUCUUCUCCGGAUACAUGAACAGCAUCCUGAAGGACUUCAGACGAGGACCCAAACCUGACGUCAUCAUCGUCAGCUCGUGUGUGUGGGACAUCAGCAGGUACGGGUCGUGGGGUCUCCAGCAGUACAAAGAGAACCUCCACGUGUUCUUCAGGGAGAUUAAAGACAUCGUUCCCAACGACUGUCUCAUCCUGUGGAAUCUGGCCAUGCCGCUCGGCAAGAGAAUAAAAGGCGGAUUCUUGGUGCCUGAAGUGAGUCACAUGGCCCCCACGCUGCGUAAUGACGUCAUCGAGGCAAACUUCUACAGCUGUAUGGUCGCGGAUGCGUACGACUCGGACGUCCUCGACCUGCAUUACCACUUUCGCCUCAGCCUGCAGCACCGCAUGCCAGAUGGUAUCCACUGGGAUGCGCUGGCCCAUCGACGGAUCAGCGGCCUGCUGCUGCAGCACGUCGCCGACGCCUGGGGAGUCGACCUGCACGACCCCGCCUCUGCUCCAGGACAAGCUCUUCAGGGCCACAGAGACUCGGAAAGCAACAGAAACAGACCAGAGAGACCUCGUACCAGACCGCUCCAGGACUUAGUGCCCCUGCAGAGAUUUUUCCCGAUCCAGUACCAGCAGAGUAACUACUUCAGAUCAGACAGACUUCCGCCACCUCCUCCAUACUCAGAUUAUCAGCCGCUGGGACCCUCCAACCGUUUGCUAGAUCAGCGAGAUCAGCGAGAUCAGAUUAACUACCCACCGAUACAGUCCAGGCUUGGUACAGAUUAUCAGCCGCUGGGACCCUCCAACCGUUUGCGAGAUCAGCGAGAUCAGCGAGAUCAGAUUAACUACCCACCGAUACAGUCCAGGCUUGGUACAGGUGAUUACAGUUUCCGGGAGGAUGAUCGCUGCAUGAGGAGGAGGAGGAGGAGGAGGCAGGAUAGGAACCACCCGUACACCUAUCACCCCUCCUAUGUGGCACCCAGACAGCCUGCGCACGGCUGCCUUGAUCUGCAGCCUCAGGCAUCCGGCCACCCAAAGGUACGCAGGGCUGACGCUGUGAGCAGCUCAGUCAGACAGCUGAUAUUUGACCCUGAAAUCUGAACUAUAACCCGACUGCUGUUCUUCAGUCAUGGGUCAGAUGAGUUCUGUGUUCACAGUUUGACUGUUUUCAUGAACAGGUGAGGAGUGCAAAAAGUGUUCUCAGUUUCUACAACCUGUAUUUGAAUGAGGAGCGUGAUGUUAGAGUGAUCAGCUUCAUGUAUUUUUUAUUAAACUGAUUUAAGAUUAAAA